CAGCCACCAACUUCACCGCUGACCCCGCAGUCCAAGGUGCUAUUGGUUCAGCUGUGGUCGAAUCGUUCGCGCAGAUGGGCGUACAGGGUCUGAGUAAAGACAACGUUACCAAAGUGGUGUUGACGUUAUGGCCAGGAGCCUGCUGUAGCAUCCAUCUUUGUCUUUCUGAGCAUCUUGCUUCUGGAUCUGGGUGCCUUUUUUUGUCCCCUUUGUGUACUAAAGAGCUUGGAGUUAAUACGAGUGCUCCCGAUCACUUCUUGAUGUUGACGAUUUUGGAGCCGUAUAAUUCUCCAAGAUUAUGAUCACAAGGGUAAGUGUAGAGGUAGUACCAGUUGUAAAGGGAUCCAGAUAAAAAAGGGACCGAUAUUUUCUCAGAAGAACAAUAGAAGCCGACUCUAAAGACAGCUGUCCAAGGUGUCAGUGGUGCGGCUUCCUUGUUAUACGGACAGUCACAACCGAUGUUAAGGCCGCUUAGUUUGAUACUACUUACUCGUGAUCUAUCCACUACUGGAUCUGAAGGUAGUAUUUUUACGUAGUUGGAGAUCAACAUAAUCAGAAACACAAUAAAAUAUGCGUAAUAGUAUCUACUACAGUCAGCGUUAAGUCUAAGUUUGCCCGUGGUCGUGGCUAGUAUGGAUAGCGGUAAUGCACCAGGUGGUAAUGCAGGCGGCAGGGGAGGUGCUGGAGUCGAACAAGAACAAGCUGGAG